AUGCCCGGAGCGGGCGUAUUUUGGAAACAAUACCGCGCGGUGCGCCGUGGCCUCCUCUCGCGCCAGCUCACGCCCGCAGCAGCCGCUGCCCUAGCUCGCGCCACCGCCUCCCGCCGCAGCCCGCUGGAGUUUGCCCCCUCCUUCCCUAUCGAGUGUGGGCGCCAAGCCCCCCGAGUGCUCGUCACCCUGGACCCUGGCGCAGAGCCCUGGCAUCACGACUCGGAGGCUGAGACUCUGUCCUGGAGUCACCCAGGAGAGAUGGAGCCACCUCAGUGUGUGGAGGAGCUGGAAGAUGAUGUGUUCCAGCCAGAGGAUGGGGAGCCAGGGACACAACCUGGGAGCUUGCUCUCUGCUGACCUGUUUGCCCAGAGCCAGCUGGAUUGCCCCCUCAGCCGGCUUCAGCUCUUUCCUCUCACCCACUGCUGUGGUCCUGGGCUCCGGCCCAUAAGCCAGGAAGACAAGGCCACCCAGACUCUCAGCCCAGCUUCCCCAAGCCAGGGUGUUAUGCUGCCUUGUGGGGUGACAGAGGAACCCCAGAGACUCUUUUACGGCAAUGCUGGCUACAGGCUUCCGCUCCCUGCCAGUUUCCCUGCAGGCUUGCCCCUUGGGGAGCAACCCCCUGAAGGACAGUGGCAGCAUCGAGCAGAAGUACAGAUCGCCAGAAAGCUUCAGUGCAUUGCAGACCAGUUUCAUCGGCUUCAUAUACAACAACACCAGCAGAACCGAGACCGUGCAUGGUGGCAGGUCUUCCUUUUCCUGCAAAACCUGGCCUUGAACAGAGAAGAAAACAGGGAAGGGGCGGGUCCCUGGUGAGGCUGCGUGGCCCUUUUUGGAUGGAGCACCGGGAAUGCAGUCUGGAACAGGACAGACAUCUGGGAGCACGGACACUGUCUUGUCGAGUUUUGUUAUUUUUAAUUUUUUUUUUCCCUGUGUGUACAUAGAACAUCCCCCAGUGGGAUCUUCUUUCUCUGUUCAGAACCUCCACUGGGAAUGGGGGCUUUGUCAAACACUGUUGAAGGCGAGGCAGCUGUGUCUGCUGGUGGAGUUCUCCAGGAAGUGGACUGAAGCUCUCCUACGGGAGCCGGUUAGGAAAUAGGAGGCCAGGUUAGACUCCCAGUACUACCACACGUGCCAGCCUUCCGUCAUGCCUGAUGGAAACACGGUUUCAGCCCACCAGGACCUUGGCCAGGGGCUCCCUGGCUAAGAACAGCAAUGCCUUGGCUAGCCAGCCUAUGUCUGAGUUCCCACUUGGCACAACCAGUGCCCACCACAUGGGCUCAGGGAUUGUCACCCAGACCCUGUCACCUCCAGAAGACCUCAGGGAGGGUUGGACUUCUCCAAGAACCUCUCAAAGGUGCUUGAUAGGUCUCAAAUCUGACUUGGUACCACCUGGAAGCCCCUUGGUUGGUCCCAGGGUGCAAACUACUGCCACCUUUGCUGCCUGGGUGUCAGCUGUAUGUGAGCCAAGAAGCCAGUCAUCAUCAUGUUGUGCCCAGCGGCCUGUGCCCGUGUCGGCUGCUUCCAAAAGACCCUGCCGACUACUGGACUGGAUUGGACACCCACCUCAGCAGCAGCACUUUGAGAUGGGGUGGAUUCGCAGGGGCCGUGGGAAUGGAGCAGCCAUCCCACUCAUCAGUCAGUCCCAGGGGAGCCUAGACCUCUUGGUUUCCUUGGAAACCUGUACCUCCUCCCCCAUAUCCCCAUUCCUUGUUCGUACCUAGUGGGAUACAGGAAGAAGCUAGGACAGUGGCUUUGUCCACUGAAAAGUGACUUUGGAAGUAACAGAUGGUGUUUAGAACACGGAACUGGCAGAGCUGGGUACACAUUUCCUACCUUCCUUCAGCUUCCAACGAGGCCAGAGGAAAGAGUUCUUGAACCCAGAGGGAUCUCAGCUGCCUCCUAACUUCUUCCUUCUCUCCCUGCUGCAGCAGCACUCAGGGAGGGACUUAAAGCAGCUGACUAUCAUCACAGGACAUCUCCUAACCCAACAUCUGGAAAUCAAGUCAUAAUCUUUCUCUCUAUAAGGAAAGGCAUCGGUGCUAAAGACAAGGUUCAAAGAAAAGAUGGCUUCCCCAAGCAAAGAAGACUCCAGGGUCAUUCAAGGAAUUUGGAGGAGGAACUCAGAGCAGACUCAAACCGAACAAGCCCAGUGACUCUCAUUUCUGCUGAGAGGGGGUGGUGGUGGUAUCUUCAGUCCUGUAGAAGGGCAGCUGACCUCCUGGGUGUACAGUUGGGCAGGUUUUCCACUGCACAAGGGGAUGAGGGGAUCACAGAGGCUGAAGUUCAGUCUGUGCUCUGCUCUCUAGGCUAGAUGUCCGGAUGUAGGGCUGAUCUGCUCAGAGUUAGGGAUGUCUUUCCUAAUGUACACAAAGGUACUGUAUACACUCACAACGGUCCUACAAAGGACCUCAAAAUAUGUGUAUAAGCCUUUGGGUUUUUCUGCUCAGAUGAUCUGGAGAUAUUACCUCUUCUUGGCCACAAUCAAUUUCUCAGGGUGUAUACCAUGGUUCGUCUGCUAAAGUGGGUUCCUGUUUGCAAGGAGAAGGGACCUAACUAAUGAAUAUGAAGACUGGUUCUGGGGGCACCCUAACCAUUGUGAAGCCCAGCCUUCCUAUAUCUCUCACAUGCAGUUUAGAUGUGUGUGGGACAUAUGUGGUUGGUCCUCCACUUUUCUGGAUCAAGACUAUGACAGGCAGGCUUCUAGUAUGUGCUUGGCACAUGUGCUGUGGCAUAUGUGUGCCAACCCCCUACAAACCCAUGUACAUAAGUCAUCUUUAAAACCUCUUAGCAGACUUUAUAUCUGUGCCAGGGCACAGAGGUCAGCUUCAGAGACCUUGCCAGGCACAGGCUGGGUGCCCUGUGGUCUGUCCUGAGAACUGAGCCCAGAGUUUGACCUGAACAUUGAGUCUGGGGCCAGGUGGAAGCUGGUUGGAAUGCACUGUCUCCACUUUGGACCUGGCCAGGACCAAACUCACUAACUUGGGCAAGCCAGGGUGAAAUGUAAAGCCUCUUUUAUCUUCCUCCAACGUGAAUCCAGGCUGGGGUUGAAGAGCAAUGGUAGAGUGCUUGCCUAGCAGUCAAAAGACCCUUGGGUGGAUCC